AACCUGUCAAAUCUUUAUUAGGUAUUUUUCUACAAUCAGUCCAUCCAAAACCAACAAGACAACUUUACUUAAGGUACAUAACCUUUGUUAUUUUGCUGCAGGAUCUGUUAGGCAAAAAUGUUAACCACUAAACUCUGCAGAUACAGAUAUAUUUUGAUUACCCGUCUCCCUCUCCCCGUCUCUUUCUCUUGCUUUAUAGGCAGUCAUAUUAAGCAGUCAGUUUGAUCAGACAUUCCUCUGCAGGGAAUUCCUCAACAACUAUUAAGAAAAAGGUACAUAAUGUUUGUCUGUGACGGUUCUCAGUCAUACAGGUCAUUGUAGUCUAAGGAGUUGGAAAGAAAAGCGUCUGGACUUCUUUAAGUUGCUUGAAGACGUUUCACCUCUCAUCCGAGAAGGAGAGUCCCAGAUUUAAACCCAGUGGGAGUUUCCCCCUAUUUCAGGAUUGUAAAAUCAUUGGUUAUUUGCUAUGGAGGAUUUAACCAGCGCUGGAUUUUAAUUAAAUUAAGGUCUCAAGACAAUCAUGGAGAUGACUACUCACUAUUUUGAUCAGAGAACUACAGCUACUGCUACUCAUGGAAAUGACUCUGAAAAAACUGAUGACUACGACUUGAAUGACUUUGCUCAGUUGUUUCAGUCAUUUGAUGCCAUGUCUAUCGCUGUUUUCUCCCUGGUCUCUGUUCUUGGCAUGCUGGGGAAUGGAGUGGUUAUCUGGGUCACCGGGUUCAAGAUGAACAAAACUGUUAACACAGUUUGGUACCUCAAUCUUGCUGUGGCUGACUUUCUCGUCGCAGCAUUUCUGCCCUUUGAUGUGACUUUCUUAGCUUUAGGGUCUCACUGGCCCUUUGGCAAUUUCAUGUGCAAGCUGAGCACCACUCUAAUCUCUCUGAACAUGUUUGUCAGUGUCUACAUUCUGCUGGUGAUCAGUGUGGACAGAUGUGUGUCUGUGGUGUGGCCCGUGUGGGCUCAGAACUACAGAAAUGUACGCAAGUCAUCCCAUGUGAGUCUGUGUGUUUGGAUACUGGCUUUGAUUCUCAAUGCUCCGUACCUUUACUUCAUGGACACCGAGCAACAUUCUGGAGACAAAAUAAUCUGCUUUGACACUCUUUUCGACUACAACAUACGAUUUCAAGCCAUUGUCAUCACCAACUUCCUCCUAGGAUUUGCAGUCCCCUUCACUGUCAUUGUCUCUUGUUAUGGUGUCAUCAUCCAUCAUGUCAGGAGAAACCGCAACCUGGCUAGCCAGUCAAGUCGCGCCUUUAAAAUUAUUGCUGCUAUUAUCAUCUGUUUUUUCGUGUGCUGGGCUCCCUUUCAUAUUAUAGGUCUAAUUGAGCUGGUUAUCUUCACAGCUGAUACUCAGAGUAAAACAUUACUCCACAUUAUUGAUAUUGGGAUACCUCUCAGCAACAAUUUGGCUGUUCUAAAUAGUUGCAUGAACCCACUACUGUAUGUGUUCAUCACACAAGAUUUUAAGAAUGAAGUCAGAAAAUCCAUUCUAAAAAGUAUGGAGACUGCCUUCCACGAAGAGAAGACACACCAGACAGAGCAAACAAAGCUUUGAAUCCUGUGGUAUAAGGCAGACAGUGAUGUAACAAACCAUUUUACAAAAAUACAAAACGGUAAAUAAUAUUUAAAAAAAAGAUGUCAAAUUGCUUUUGGCUGUAAAUAUUACUCCAGAGUAAAUCUUUAUAAUGAAUAUAGCAAUUAAACUGUUCUUAUUAAUCUAAUGGAAAUGGCUAACUGUACAAAUGCUGUGAUACAUUAGAUCGGUGCUGUCUUGUUUUUGGUGUCUCUUUGACUCACAGUGUGGAUUUGUGUGUUCUUAUAUGAAACUAAAAGUUUUGGAAAAAGACGUAAAAUCAGCGAACACCAAUCAUAGUAAGGAGAUGUCCGUUUUGAAUACUGAGGUGAAAUAGUAUGAGAUAAAGAAACAAAAAUGUAAGCAAAAUGUGCAAUUACUAUGUUGUAAGUAUAACUUAUUUAGUCUGUAUAUACAUUUUCAUCAGAUGAAUCACCCUGCUGGCACAGUGGCUAGCGGCGCUGCCUCACAGUAAGAAGGUCCUGAGUUCAGUUCCACCAUCAGGCUGGGGUCUUUCUGUGUGGAUUUUGCAUGUUCUCCCCUUUCUAGGUAUUCUGUAAACAAUAAUGCAGUUAGUGGGGACAUGUUAAUUGUUGACUCUAACUUGCCUGUCUGUUAGCUCUGUGGCAGACUGGUGACCUGUCCAGGGUGCUCCCUGCCCCAAGACAGCUGGGAUAGGCUUCAGCCCCCCCAGACAGAGCCAAUCACCCCUUGAUGCUUUUUACCGAUAUCAUAUAAAAAUUCACAUUUUAUCCAGCAGUCUAGCAUAUAUCAAUUUAUAAUCAUUAUGAUGCUACUAAGCUUCAAUUAGCAGUUGCUUUUCUUUUUUUUUCUUUUGGUUCAUGACCAAUGUCUUUCUCCCAGUUAUAUAUCUUCACCUGUACUGUACAGUUGUAAAUACAUUUA